AUGAACUCGUACCAGAAGUUGUUCAAGAAGCUGUUGGGAUCCUUGGUGAUUCCAGGCACGGUUGACCCCAAAGAUUACACUUUUUCUGGACUUAAAGAUGAAACUGUGGGUCGACUGCCGGGAAAAGUAGCAGGACAACAAUUCGUCAUUCAGGACUGUGAGAACUGCAGCAUCUACAUAUUUGACCAUUCUGCUACAAUCACUGUUGAUGACUGUGUAAACUGCCAAAUCUUUUUAGGCCCAAUAAAAGGCAGCGUGUUCUUCCGUGACUGCAAAGAUUGUAAAUGCAUAGUGGCCUGCCAACAGUUUCGCACGCGGGACUGCAGGAAGCUGGAGGUAUUCUUGUGCUGUGCCACCCAGCCCGUUAUUGAGUCCUCCACAGGUAUGAAAUUUGGAUGUUUCCAGUACUAUUACCCUGAGCUCGCUUUACAAUUUAAAGAUGCAGGACUGAGUAUCUUCAAUAACACGUGGAGCAACAUCCAUGACUUUACCCCUGUGUCAGGAGAAAAUAACUGGGGCCUUUUGCCUGAGAAUGCUGUAGUACAAGAUUACGUUCCUCUGCCCAGCUCCGAGGAGCUGAAAGCUGUCAGAGUUUCUACCGAUGCAAUGAAGAGCAUCAUACCGGUAACUCGAGGGCGGAGGCAGAAAAGCAGCGAUGAAUCGUGUUUGGCUGUAUUUUUUGCUGGUGACUACACAACUGCAAAUGCCAGGAAGUUAAUUGAUGAGAUGACUGGCAAAGGCUUUCAGCUGGUACAGACAAAAGAAGUCUCAAUGAAGGCAGAGGAUGCUCACCGAGUUUUCCAGCAGUGUGCAUCAGAAUUCAUUCCACUUCUUGAAAAAGGUCCAGUGGUUGCUUUGGAGUUCAGUGGAGAUGGUGCUGUGGAAGGAUGUCGAAGCACUAUCAAUGAUGUUUUUAGUGGGACCAAGGUUUUUGUAUCGGAGAGCAAGGCAUCGGCGUCUCAAGAUGUAGACAACUUCUACAACUUUGCAGACAUGCAGAUGGGAAUGUGAAGUUUAUCAUGAAGGUGUUCACAUACGGUUUGUCUUGGCACUUGGAUGCUACUUGGCUUGAAGAUUGCAGUAGUGUCUGAGAAGUUCUGUCAUUUGGGUUUGUAUUUCUCAUAUUUUAUCCCUUUUAUAAAGCUAUUG